CAUAGAGGUGGACGGAGGCACCUUGGGUUCUCAAAAAACAAUCUAUCCUGUUAAUGGGCUUUUGUGUCCUCUUGAUAGUGUGUGUUUUGUCCGUUUCUAUCAAAAUAUCAUUUUUCUUGAUGAAGCUGCUGGAAGCCAACUCAUGACUGGCCUGUCCCGCCGCCUCUGCCAGCUGGGAACCUGAUGCCUGUCGCAGGCUGACCUCUUUCUUGUUCUGAGGGAGCUUCCCCCACCCAUCUCCCUGCACCUUCGCAUACCUUCUGUCUUUGGGGGUGGCCUUUCUUGGGACUGGGUGGGGAGCCCCCGUGCAGCCGUGGGGCCUCCGAGAGCUUGCGCCUGCCGUCUUGGCCCCACGGCUGUGCCCCAGGGAGAACUUGAGUGUGGGGCAGUGGGGAGACUCUGGGGGCCUGUGCCUGCCCCAGCCCCCUCUCUAGUCCCGGCCCGCGUCUCCUGCCUCGUGGGAGGACUCAGUCCUGGGAUGCUGGUCCUGGCGAACCCAGGGCAGGAAGAGGCUGCGGGGCCUCCCAGCCCAAGACAGAGGAGGCAAACUAGGGCCCUGGGGUGGGUGAGCUGGGUGAGCAGAUCCCACACUGGUGCCCAGAACGGGCCUGGGUCUGGGCCGGCCUUUUGUCCAGACUCUGCGGUGUGUGUGCAGGUGGCCGGCCUGUUUCACGACCCCAGCAUCGGGAACCCCAUCCACAUUACCAUCGUGCGCCUCGUCCUGCUGGAGGAUGAGGAGGAAGACCUGAAGGUCACGCACCACGCGGACAACACCCUGCGCAGCUUCUGCAAGUGGCAAAAGAGCAUCAACAUGAAGGGGGACGCGCACCCGCUGCACCACGACACCGCCAUCCUGCUCACCAGGUGCCGCCAGCUCAGGCCCCGUGCCCCCGGUGCCCCCGGUGCCGGCAUCCGAGAUAAUAUAGCGGGAGACCAUGACCAGGACGUGGACGCCCGUGCAGUCCACAGACUUCCUCAGUCUGGAGACAGAAGUGGUCCCUUGAAGGAGCUCUCGGCCUGGUUUUACAGCCGGAGCCCCUCCGCCACUGGGGUCCAG